CCAUCGGUAAUUAUCAUAUCCAGGGUCUCCGUUCUCACUACCCACUUUCGCACAAGACUACCCGUUGUCGACACAGGCUGUGCCACCUCAGGGCUUUACUGUAAGCCCCGGAGCAGUUACUGAAGGUUUAGUGUGGGGAGUUAAUGACUUUGACAACAUUGAAACAACUGACCAGGGCUUGGCCUUGUUAAUCAGGAUAUUCUCUGGCUGUGUAAACUUGGAGCUGACCUCACCAUAGCUGGGAUGAUAUGUGACCCUCUGAUUCAGUGAUAGCUUCUCCUCCCAAAGUGACGUCUGCUUCUGAAGGUGUCAAUUGGAUGCAUCUUUUGUGGGAUUUCUUCAGACAUUUUCAGCUUUGUUACUUGACAGGUUUGCUGGGGCUGAAGUGGUCCAUAUUUGCUCUUUCACUGCCGCAGAACAAGUUUUCCUAUUUUGCAUUUGAGUGUGAACAUAUAGUACCUGCCAUGACUAUUUGAACAUAGAUUGAAGUGUUCAAAAUAACUGGAAUAUGUAAGUGUUAGUACAGGCCGGUGAUUCUCUUCUGCUCUGAUCUCCCAACUAAGAUCAAUAUUCAACAGUGGAAUGUUUUUAUGUAUUUGAUUCUGUUCAGUUGUGUGGUCGAAAUUUGAAUUCAGAGUAUUCUGCACGUUAGCGUAAACAAUUCAGAAGUAAGUUGAUAUUUUGUUAGGGAGAUGGACGAAUAGACAUGCGUUACGGGUGCAGGAUAUUUCAAACACUCAGCAUAGCAGAUUGAUUCAGAAUAACAUUACUGAAAGCUAUCAUCGCGCAUAAAGAAACUUUAUCUCAACUAGAUUAACAAAAGCAGGAUUUAUUGAAAACAGAUUUCAGUGCCUGUAUACAGCAUUAAAUACGGACAGCUGUCAGUUUUCUAAAGAUCUGUGUAUACAGACGCCCCCUGUUUACACACUGUUUUUAAUUUCACUUAUCAAGCCAGUGUGUAUAUUCUCUGUGUAGGUGUGUCAGGUGGUCUGAUUGUGAAUCAUUCAUCAUGUCGGGCGAAAUGUGACCGUCUGCUUGUGCGUCUGCUUGUACACACGAUCAGAUCAUCACUUAAUUGGGUGGAUCAGGAAUUCAGAUAGUAAUGAAAGGUUGUGAGGGUGGAGAAAACAGGUCGUAGAGCAGGUCACAGGAUCCGUGGACCCCCAGACACACAGACUUGUUCAUAUUGCUUCAUUAAUUCCCUUUGAACUGGGAUGCCUGGAGGGACGUCGCGCUUAGCUGCUCCAUGUUAACAUUGCCUGUUGCUCAGUAGUUUGAAGAGGAGAGACAGAAGAUGUAAUCAUUGGUGUUCACAACCAGAGCAGACGGCAACGAAACAAACGAGAACAUGGCUGUGUUAUACUGAUGAUAUACUCCGUGGAUUGAGAGAAGGCAGGUGAUAUAACUGUAAGCCGAGUGUUCUCGUUGCGAUUAGUGAUCCAUCAAGCAGGCAAGCUCCACCUGAGUGAAACUAAGUUCAUGUAAGCUUUACUCCAAGCCUGUUUGUUGCGAGAGUAGGUAGUGCGACUAUAGGGGCAGUGAAUUGAUACCAUGUGCCCAGUUUUCUUCACUCAUUGUGGAUAUGAAAUAUGGAUUUGCUGAGUGAAUGUACUACAAAGUGACAGAGUGAUCGUGUCAAUCAAAUUGUGGAUAUUCAUUUACAAGUGUGUGAGCGUAACCUCGAUAUGAGAUGGCUGCACAGGAGAUAGACACACUGGAUGAACAGGUACUGUUUGUUGGACUGUAGAGCUGUUUGUGAAUGGUGGCCGUAGCUUUAAUCAUGGAGUAUUUAAUUCUGUGAUAUAGAAAGGGCAAGAGUUGAAGAAUGAUCAAGAAACACACUUCUGCGCCGUCUUUGGUGAUGGUGGGGACAUCACAUCUCAGUAUAUCACGAUUGUCAUCUGGUCUCAGUUCAGAAUUCAGUGAUGUCGAUUCUGUUUCAAGUGAGAUUUCGGAACCUGCUAUUUUCGACUCACAGUCGGAGUUCGUCAGCUACAGCGGCUCCGAAAUAUCCCCAGGAUCUUUACGGAGAUCAAGGGAGAAAAAAAAGAAACGUCCAGCACCCCAGCCUCCCGGACGAUCCGUAUCGAUGAGAAACAUUAGUUCACAGCGGCCGGCAUUUGUUAUAGUGAACCAAGCUUCUACAGAUUCUGAGUCUGGAUUUUCGUCACGGACAAAUUCUAACUGUUUAGAGUCACCUGAUAAAGAGGCGUUUUCGAACUCCCCACAUGUGUCCCCACGUGAAAGGUCAAGAUUGAGAGCCUUCAAAGAUGCAUUAAAAUCCCCGCGGAAUAUUCGGAAAAAUUCCAAGAAAUACAAACCAGAGAAAGAUGAAGUAGAAGCCAAUGGAUUUAAAGUAACAAAAAAUGCUACAAUCGAACCUCCGGAGUUCUCUGAUCAAACAUACGUUAUAGAGCACCUUGAGUUUGAAGUUGAUUCUGAGUUUGAGAUCAAACGCAUCCCGGAGUAUGACAAGUAUUUAAAUGAUCUUCUUGAUGAAACGGAUUCAAGUCACACAGACUUUGAUGACUUGAAGAAAGCCGUCGACAAGGUUAAUAACAUGGUGAGAGAGCGGGAGGAUGAAUUACGGGAGGCUGACAAUGACAACAAGGUCGAGGCCGUACAGGAUCGCUUCCCCCAUGAUGACCUUCAACUUCGAGAUCGCGACAAGGCACAGAAGCAGCGGGGCAUAUCGGCGACGAGAAGAAAGUCUGCACCAAGUGCCGUUUUGUUCAAACCCCUUGGCAGUGGGAAGUCAAAGAGUUCAUCCUCGCUAUGGUCACACAACAUGGUCAAAAAGGAAGGGGAUGUUUCGACUCGACCGGGGUCUGAAGGGAACCGACUCUACGUUAUGGAGGGAUCUGCACAGCUGGCAGCGGGCAUGCAGACGCAGGAUCGCUACCUUUUCCUCUUCAGUGAUCUGCUGCUCAUCGCUAAGCAGAAAUCCAAUACAACGUUCAAGUUGAAGCAUCGAAUACAGUUGUGUGAUGUGUGGAUCUCGAACUGUAUCGAGGAAGUGAGUGAACUCACGCGGCCACAGGACAGAUCCUUUGUCAUCGGGUGGCCAACAACCAACACUGUGGCUACUUUCAAAGAUGCUGAAACUAAAGACAAAUGGCUGACGAAAUUAACUGCACAAAUUCAGGAAGAGAAGCUGAAAGAGGAGUCUCGCACAACCCAGCUCAAAGUUGUAAAUAGGCAUAUUGAUCAGAAAUGCUCUGUGACAGUCAAUAACACCUGUGAAGCCAAAGACGUGCUGCGGAUGUGCAUGGCACAGCUACUCAUACAGGAGAGUGAACAGAAGGAUUACCAGUUGUGGGUGUUGACAGGAAAAGAAACGAUUUAUCCUCUUAUAGGUCAUGAGUACCCCUACGCCAUCAAGUUGAGCCACGUGCGCGACCUGCUGAAGCCCAAGGGGGAUGUAGACAGCGACGUUCUGUCCAACAUGGAUUCCAUCAUGGAAGAGUCGUCCAACUCCAAAGUCGAGUUUAUUCUCAAACACAAGAAGUCCCCGAAGAAACACAGUCUUGAGGACACAUCUCAGAAGUCACUGAAGAAAGCCAAGAAGUCGCCGUUGUUGGCGUUGUUCAAGAAGAACAAGGAUGAGAAGUCACAAGCACCGGGCUGUAGCAAACCUGGGAAGUUGUUCGAACGUCCCUUGGAGGAAGUUUGUGACGAACACUUCCAGCCACCCAAACCGAUCAUGGAACUUUUGACAAUUUUGUUCCGAGAGGGCCCAUUCACAGGUGGCAUUUUACGGAAGUCUGCAAAUGCACGCCAGAUUCGUGAAUUGCGUCAGAAGUUGGACAAUGAGGAGGAGGUCAGCCUUGACCAGUACUCCCGCUAUCUGAUAGGUUCACUUGUCAAGGACUACUUCCGAACACUUCCAAGCUGCCUUCUGGGAGAAAAUCUCCAUGAGCAUUGGGUGAAGACAGUGGAGAUAGAAAAUGAAGAUGAGCGUCUGUCCCGUGUUAUAGAGCUGUACCAGGAUUUGCCGUUGUGCAACCAGCACUUGCUGAAGCUGUUGAUGAGUGUUCUGUACCAGAUUGACCACCAUCAGGACGUGAACAUGAUGAAUGCCAAUAAUAUCUCCGUCUGUAUCGCCCCAAGUUUGCUGUGGAAGCAACAGGACGACAUGGCCAAUUAUUCCAUCAACGUGAGCUCUGUGGUCUCAGUGGUGGAGUUUAUGAUAAAAAAUGUGUGCAGCGUGUUCGGAGACGAUACUCCUCACUUGCUGGGUGAGGUGGACCACAAGAUGAGGCAGGACUCUGGCACAGACUCAGACAGUCUCAAUAAUGGCUUGAGACGAGACGACUCGUCCAUUGACAGUUUGGUUGACCGUGACCUCUACACAGAAGCUGAUGCCAGUCCCAAACUGGCCAAGAGUCAUCUGUCCCCAUCCAACCUAAGCCACGACUCGGGUCUGUCCCACAGUGACUCCCAACUCAAUGACGAGGAGUGCGACUUCGACACCACCGAGCGGAAGAUGUACCGUAGCACCUCCUACAUGGACCAUGACAACGACAUAUACACAAGGUCCAUUGAUAACAUUGACAACCAGAACCCUGUACCCCCUCCACGAUUUCGGCGAAAGAAGGAAUAUGUGCAGUCUUCAAGCUUUGACAACUACAACCGCCAGUAUAUCACAUCAUACUCCUCUGGUGCUCGUCUUUGUCAUUCGCUGGAGCCAGAAGUGUUGCGUCAGAUGCAGCAUCAGAAAAGAAUCUCAUGUGACUCACUGCACAGCGUGGAAGAAAGCACGGAGGGUGAGAGUGAGAAGGAUUUCUCUAGCCACCGGAAAUCUGCUGACAUUUAUCUAAUCAAGUCAGCCAGUGGUGCUCAUCUUUACAUGGACAGCGAGACCCUUCCUCGAGUGUCCUCUGUGGAGGGACAACCAGGCCGACAAGGCCGGGACAGACUGGUGCGGCAGUCAUCCGUCACAGACAGUACACCUCCUCUCUCUCCUCAUUCGAAGCACUCGUACGGUAGUUCAUAUGACAGUGUGUUGUCAGACUCUUCCUACAUGCAUGACCUGUCCCGAGGAACCUCCAUCAAUUCGGCUCCCCAGACGCCAGAUGUGGAUUCCGAUCGAGUGUUGUGGUCACUGGAGGAGAGAGAGAGAUCCAACUCGAAUCCAACAACGCUGCAUUCCAAUGUGAACUUCACAGAAACAACAUCGCCUAACAAACUGAGUGCAACCUACGGUGGAUAUUCUCUCAAGUCCAUGCAGAACAUGAGAUACUUAGUUUCGCCUCCAGCAUCUCCUGCUGUGGAAAGGAGGGCAAAGACUUCGGAGUCGGUGAAAGACCCAAGUGUGAGACAUUCAAUGCCAGCAGCAACUUAUAAAACAACAGUGCAGAAAGAAGUCCCGGCAGUCACAUCACCAGAGAUUUCAAUAACAUACUGUUCCAGUGGCUCGGAUGAGCGUCUUGAUGACAAUGACACUGAUAAAGUGAGGAGAGCCAGUUUUGAAAGCGGUUCUUCAUCCAGUGCUCCUGUUAAGCAGAUCUCAUUGUAUUCACAGGGCCUCAGCUCUCAGUCACGACUGCAGGGGCAGAGGAUGUCGCCAAGGAAAGACUCAAACCCAGUGAAAGCCAGUCAUGACAGUGCUAUUGUUUCACAAAUCAGGAGAAAUAGUUUAGAAUCUGCUUCUAAAAGUGAUGAUGACUGUGAAUCCAGGACUUCUAGCUUGCCUGAUAGUUUGUCAAAGUCUAAGCUACUGAGGAACUUUGGCCGCAAUUACGAUUCUGAGUCAAAAACAUCUUCUGAACAUUUAGACUUUGAAAGCAAGCGGCCACAUCAGCCCCCCUCCUACCAGGAAGCUUUAAGCAGGAACUAUCGGAUAAAACAUGGGAUUCCACUCAUGGAGAUUUCUGAACAAGAUACUCAAAAACAGAAAGAGGCCAGUGCUCGUGCUGCAAAGCUUUACGCUGACUCUGUUAAGAAAUAUUAUGGUGCUAGUGAUGAUUCCGAGAAAAGUGGCAAUGUCAUGAAGCAGACGUCACACCUAAAGCAGCACAUUGAGCAGACAUCGGACCCCGUCACCAAGACAUACCGGACUGUUAGAGAGGAGAGUUCAAGUGUAGUCCAGGUCUUCAGUCCAGAUGAGGAUGGAGAAAAGGAAGAUAUUUAUGUCACCCUUCGACAUGAUCAACUACGGAAAGAUCCUCGGGAGGUAUAUAACCAAUCCCGGAAGCUGUAUGAACAACAGGCUACGGUGACUCCGAAGAAUGAGGUUGAACUAGACCAUGGGCCCUCAUCCUGUUCCUCAUCAAAUUCUAGUGCUUUUUCUAAAACAAGUCUUUCAUCCAGAGCAAGCUAUGAUGCAGAGUCUUCGCGAUCCUAUAAAACAGACUCUAAAGUAUAUUCGAAAUCUGACAGUGUACGGACUAGUAACGAACCUACAUCAUUUUCAAAAGCGGAGCCCAGUGAUAGGGUUAAGACCACUCUUAAUUUGCCAAGUGUACAUCGAAGUUUAAGUGACUCUGCUGACAGGCUUAACAAACUCAGUCGGUACAGUCCACGUGUGUCAAGGCGUGACUACGAACUUAACAAGGAGAAUGAGGAACAGAGGGGGCGGACGGACACCAGCCCAGUGCACAGCGUACAGAGAGCAACCUACUUCUACCAACCAAGAGAGGAGAAACAGGCCUCCUCUUCUGCCUCUCAGAAUCAGUAUUCGUCUAAAGUGUCCUCUCAGAACGUUUCUACUUCAUCCAGUGUGUCAAACUUGGACAAGUCCAAAUGCAAAGCACGUAGUUUGGUUUCUGUAACUGUGAGCAAUCCAACAGAAAGUAGUUCCUCUUCAGCCAGUCAAGACCUUCCGUGGAGUGUCAGUCAACUGAAGCAGAGGUUUGCUGAGAAGUCAGAUGGUAUCACAACCACAACCUCAUCUCACUUUUAUGCUCCUGAACAGAAAACCUCCCGCUCAGUGUCAUCCGUCACAAUAACAUCUACCUCGCGUCCUGGCCCCCCACCUUACAAGUCCCCACCCCCCUUCCGGCGCCUUGCAGACAAUUCACGCCUGAGCACGUCUAGUAAUAGCAGUAACGGCAGUGCCAGCAAUCAUAGUUCUUCAACAAAGUCACACAAGUCUGUGUCAACUCGCAAAUUUGGGCCACAAUCCAUAGACUAUGGUUCUUUCUCGUCCUCCUCAGAAGACCUCGACACACUAACUCUGUAUCCAUUUCGACGGAAAGAGAGUGGAAGUGGUUUGUCUGAUCAAGAAAUAGACUGUUAUACAGACAUAUCGUAUGUCUAGCAGACGCCAUCUUGGAGCAGACGUCACUUGCAGCAGACAUUAGUGCGUGUGUGUGUGUUAGAGUUGAACAAGUGUAGAAAGUGUGCCAGAACCAGGACUCGAAUGGAGUGAAUGGAAGAAUAUGUGAACUUUGAACUUUGAACCUUGUAGAGCCUCACUGCCAAUAACCUGCUGUCCUAGACUAGUUCAGUGCUGUCGUGGGAUGUUCUUGGUCACUAGGACCCAGUUGUGCCGUGAAAUAUCCCUAGGACAUUGUCACUAGGAUGUGUCCUGUGUUACACUGAAUGUGUUGUGGCUAAUCCCAUCCAACGUUGUCAUUCACAGUAUUUUGGCUUCCAGUUGUUCAUAUUGAACAUUAUUGAUCACAAUUGACUGCCAUUCUUGGGACAUGGUUGCAAGCAGAAUCUUCCAGUCAAAGGAAAGGAAAGGAAGGUUUUGUUCUGCAAGGUCUUUUGCAGCAUCUGAUGUCACAAUUAGGUUACACAACUUGUUUUCAUGUUUGUAAUUUCACUUCAUAACAAAUAUCCCUUCAAUGACAACAUUAAAAUUUGAUUAAUUUCACCAAUCCUCAUUUAACAUCAAUCAAAUUAAUAUCUUCAUUAAAUUUAGGUAUUUAUUUUAAUUAGUUAUUAAAAUUGUGAAAUUGUAAAAUAUUGUGUGAGUAGGUUAUGACCAGUGCACAGGCACAGUGAAUUAAGCAACAAAUAAAUAGCUAGCAGAUACAUAACUUUUCUUAUCAAUAUUGACUGUGACAGCUCUAGAAAAUACAGCAACGACAAGUCACUAUUCUUGUAGGAGAACAGAUAGGUAGUAUGCAUAAGUGCGUAUCACAUAUGGGACUGACUAUGAAACAUUUGUUUGUUUAUUAUCAUUAAAAGAUGAAAAUAUUGUUAAUAUGAAAUAUGAAUUGAAAUAAAUAAUUUCAUGCAAACUGAAAGUGCUAUAUUAAGAACUAGAUGAUUUGACACGUAAUGAGUUUAUUUAUUAUUUUUUCUUGACUUUCUGUUUAUGUAGUCAUAGUUAAGACAGGAUUUUGACUCAGAUGGAAUGUGAUCCUACAAGAGGACAAUUACUUAUAAUCACCAUUUGUAAGACUCAGGCUUAUGACUUUCGAAAACAUUUCGUGACCGUGUCUUACAAAGGGGAAAGGUAGAAAUCGUACAGUGAUACGAAUUUCUUUGACUUCUAUAUGCAAAGCAUUGUGGGAGACUAAACAUCCCACUUCAGCAAUACCUCAUCUUAUUGUGUCAUGUGAUCAGCUCAUGUGAUCGGGUCAUGUGACCUCAGCAAUACUAACUUUUUAAGUCAUAUGAAAUACUCAUGUAGAAUAUAUUGUAUUCUGUGUAAUAUACAAUUUGUACAAACGAGAGUAAAUAUGUAUAUAAGGUUGUAUAUUUGUUACACUUGUCGUUAUGCCUUUGAUAAGCAAUAGCUUGCGAGAUUUCACAUCGAAAAAAACUUGGUGCAUGUUCGUUGAACAAACAAUGUAUGAAAACUGGAUCAAAAUUUGCAAUCUGUGCCUUUAUUGAUAAUUGUUAAUGCACUUUAUUUGAGUUAGUGUUAAAUUAUUAUUUUUGGUUUUAUUGAAAUGUACUUUUAAGUGUAUACAUCGUAUCAAAUUUAUUAAUUUAAUUAUGUUUGAUUGUAAUUAUUGCAUAUUGUUGCACUGUGAUAUGAAAACAUGCUAGAUAUCAAAAUGGCUGAUCAAGUGAUGUUAAAUCAAUAUUUAAUCAAACGAAACCCCUCUGAGUGUUUUCCUAUCAAGUGGUCACAGCAUACCCACCACAUUGUAAAUUUUGUACGAGCAUUUAAUCAUAUCAUGGAAUGUCCAAACUUGUUGAAAUAGUGGUUUACUUUGUUGAUAUUUUGGAAAGUUUAAGCUGUAAGAGUAGUCUCCCCUUGGCUGCCCAGUCUGCUUCACUGCAACUGUUGCAUUAUGGGAUGUAUUUUUAUAGACUAGAUCGUCUGAAUGAUUCAACUCAUUAAAUAUAUGCUGAAUAAAAGUGCAUUGUCUAUGAA